AUGGAGUACAGGUUGAGGAGACAGAAUGUCCUCUUCCGGGGUAUUCUCGAUGAUGUGUCCCACGACGCACUUCCAGCCUACAUUCUCUCCAUAUGCAAGGCCUUGUUUCCAGGCCUACCAGACUCAGCAUGGGUGUUUGAUCGCAUAAUAGGCUUCCACACCCAGCUCGCUUCACAGGUGAUGUUCCUAAAAAUGUCAUAGUCAAAUUUCACUACUUUGCACACAAGGACACACUACUGGCAGCAGCCAGAAAGUCCCCCACAUUACCAGAUCCCCAUCAAUGCAUAGCUUUAUUUGUGGAUCUGUCAGCAGCCACAAUGGCGAAACGCAAAGAAUUUAUAACUAUCACGACGACAUUACGUACGGAUAAUGUGCCCUACAGAUGGGGUUACCCAACUAAGCUAUUACUCUGGAGACAAGGCAAGACGCACGUAGUGAAUGAUCCAGCAGAUGGCAUGAAAUUACUCACUGAAUGGGCUAUGUGGAAUAUUGCCAAAGCCCAGCAAGAAGAACCUACAACGUCUGCACCAAGACUGAUUCAGGCAGAAUGGCAAAUGGUGGGAACACCUGCAAAGAAGACAUCUGUGGGUGCUAUACUCUCUUCAACAAAGCCGCGAUGGUCACAUUGA